AUGGAUUUUUAUAAAAUAGACUCUUUGUCGGGGGUAUCGUCAUUUCUAUAAGAUGGUUGUCUUAUUUGGCAUUUGCUCUUCAAGUACUUUGGUGAAAUCAUUGAAGUAUGGCAGUUUUUACAAGUAAAUAGCACUCAACAGUAAAAAUUAAUAGGUGGUAGAUACACGGCAUCUUCCUUAAUAAAGAGCGGCACUAGGCUGAUUUUCGUGGCCAAGAUCCACCGUUCCUCAGCUUCUUACGACGAUGGAGUUGCCUGAUGUUGUUCUGAUGGCAGCUAGUAUCGUAGGCUUCAUUGCUCUCUGUAAACCCCUCGUUGGUCUUGUGAAAUGGGUGUGGGCGAUGUUCUUAAGGCCUCCAAAGAAUCUGAAAGAAUAUGGCUCGUGGGCUCUCGUCACUGGCUCCACUGAUGGGAUAGGCAAAGCCAUGGCUUUUGAAUUGGCAUCAAAGGGUCUCAGCUUGGUGCUAGUGGGUCGAAACCCUUCUAAACUCAAAGCUGUGUCGAAUGAGAUACGGGAAAGGCAUGGUGAACAAGUUGAAGUUAAAAGUAUUGUCAUCGACUUUGCAAAGUUCAGCGGGGAGGAGAUAGCGGCAUUUAUAAAGGAAGGAAUAGAAGGAACAGAUGUUGGUGUUUUGAUUAAUAAUGUGGGCUUGGCAUACCCUUACGCUAGGUUCUUUCAUGAGGUUGACUUGGAGUUGAUGGGAAGUGUCAUGAGAGUGAAUAUAGAAGGAGCAACUUGGGUCACCAGAUCAGUGCUUCCAGGCAUGCUUGAGAAGAAAAAAGGGGCAAUUAUCAACAUUUGCUCGGGUUCUGUUCUGCUGCCAUCUUACCCAUUAGUCACCCUUUACGUUGCAGCCAAAGCGUACAUGGCAAUGUUGUCAAAAUCUAUUAAUUUGGAGUACCAGCAAUAUGGAAUCGAUGUUCAGUGCCAGUUUCCAUUACUUGUGGCAACAAAGAUGGCAUUCAUAAAGAGGUCUUCCUUCUUCGUUCCAUCGCCAGAGACAUUCAGCAAGGCAAGCAUACGGUGGUUUGGAUAUGAGCAUGUAUGCGUGCCCUAUUGGCCACAUUGUGUGCAGUGGUGCCUUCUACGUCUACUACCAAAUGCAUUAUGGGAUUGGUGUGUCCUGCGACACUUUCUUGGGGUGCGAAAGAGAGCACUGGUGAAAGCCUACAAGAAUAAUGUAGUGAAUCAAAAGAACCCAUGAGUUGUGUGCAUCCCUCCUUUAAACCAGCUGCAUUUGAAUUGAUUUCUGUGUUGAUCAUAUGAAAACAAACUACUAGAAUGUUUUUUUCUAUUUUUUUAAUUCAUUUGAUAAUUUCCC